AUGAGGUUCAAAUUCCCUCUCGUGGCCAUAAGCCUGGAGGUUGCCAUGAUUGUUUUAUUUGGAUUAUUUGUUCAGUAUGAAACGGAUCAGACUAUUUUCCAGAAGCAAAACACCACCGGGCCAAUGGACACAGGCAGAUUCCUUGAGCUGUAUCCUCUGUUCCAAGAUGUGCACGUUAUGAUAUUUGUUGGAUUUGGCUUUCUCAUGACCUUCCUGAAGAAAUAUGGCUUCAGCAGUGUGGGCGUCAACCUGCUCAUCGCCGCCCUGGGCCUCCAGUGGGGCACUAUUAUGCAAGGGAUCCUGCACAGUCAUGGGCAGAAAAUCCACAUUGGAAUAAAAAACAUUAUAAAUGCAGACUUCAGUACGGCCACAGUUCUGAUUUCUUUUGGAGCAGUCUUGGGGAAAACGAGUCCAGUCCAAAUGCUGAUCAUGACAAUGUUAGAAAUCGCUGCCUUUGCUGGAAAUGAAUAUGUGGUUGGCGAGAUUUUCAAGGCCUCUGACAUUGGAGCAUCGAUGACUAUCCACGCCUUCGGGGCCUACUUUGGCUUGGCUGUAACAGUCAUCUUGUACCGAUCUGGCCUAAGAAAGGGGCAUCAGAAUGAGGAGUCUGUGUACCACUCGGACUUAUUUGCAAUGAUUGGGACUCUUUUUCUAUGGCUAUUCUGGCCCAGCUUUAAUUCAGCCAUCGCUGAAGCUGGAGACAAACAGUACAGUGCCAUCGUGAACACGUACCUCUCUCUGGCGGCCUGUGUGCUCGUGGCCUAUGCAUUCUCCAGCCUGGUGGAGCAUGGAGGCAAGCUGGAUAUGGUGCACAUCCAGAAUGCCACCCUGGCUGGAGGAGUCGCUGUGGGCACUUGUGCAGACAUGAAGAUUCAGCCAUAUGGUUCUAUGAUCAUCGGGAGCGUUGCAGGAAUGGUCUCCGUGCUUGGAUACAAAUACCUGACUCCAUUUUUUGCUACUAAACUGAGGAUCCAAGAUACGUGUGGGGUCCAUAACCUGCAUGGCCUCCCGGGAGUGGUAGGCGGCCUGGCAGGCAUUGUGGCGGUAGACCUGGGAGUGUCUAACAUGACUACUGUAGCCAGGCAGGCAGCCGCGCUGGGUUCUUCCAUCGGAACAGCAGUUGUUGGAGGUCUUAUUACAGGUUUAAUUCUGAAGAUACCUAUCUGGGGACAGCCAUUGGAUGAGAACUGCUAUGAUGAUUCUGUUUAUUGGGAGGUUCCUAGGGUAAGAGAACAUGACAGCGGCUUCCAUGAACGUGAUGACCACAGCCAGCUGGAACUUGAUGUCUAAAUACCAUUCCUGCCCUCUGCCAUGCUUUUCCAUUAUCUAGAGUCAAGUUUAAAUAAACAAACAGGCAGU